AGCAGAGGUUGCGAUUAUGUGGUCCACUCGAGGUGUGCAACAAGAGAAGAUGUGUGGGACGGGCAAGACCUUGAGGGAAUACCCGAAGAACCCGAAGACGUCAAGGCACCGUUCGAGGUUGUAGACGGGAAAGUGAUACGUCAUUUCAGUCACAUGCACCAUCUUAAACUGAACGAGUAUGAUGGUACAGGCUUUAAUGGAAGCGAGCACUAUAAAAUAUGCGCUAUUCCUAUUCGUAAUCACAUUGGUAAUAUCUACAAAUGCACGCAAUGGAAUUGCAAUUUUAUUCUCCACGAAACAUGUGCCUAUCUACCAAGAAAGAUGUGGUACAUGUUACAUCCUCAUCUGCUCGAAUUACAAGCUUGCGGAACAGGGAGUGAGAUAUGUGAUGUUUGUGCUCGGAAAUUUUGUGGCUUCGUAUAUACGUGCAACGAGAUGGAUUGUCGUUUUGAAAUAGAUGUGAGUUGUGCUUCGGUCUCUGAACCCUUUAUCCAUACAAGUCAUCCGCAUCCUCUAUUCUGCACGUCAACUUCGAUGGAUGAAAAGGCAUGUUCAGGUUGCAAAAGACGGGAAAUUUAUAAUCGUAAGAAGAUGGAGUGCAUCGAAUGCGACUUUGCCUUAUGCUUGAGGUGCAUAUCUUUACCGAGUAAGGUAAGAUACAAGCAAGACCGACAUCCUCUGGUUCUUGAAAGCGGCGGCGAAGAGGCCAAAGAUGGAAGCUGGUGGUGCAAGAUCUGCGAGGGAAAACUGAAUCUGGGCGAGGAGUUGUACUACACAUGUGAAAUUUGUCGUGUCACUAUCCAUCUUCAUUGCAUUCUCGGAAAGGAUCCGCUCAUGAUGCCUGGUCGAUACCUGGGCGAGGGGUUUGAAGUUGAAGCCAACAGCAGCUGUUUCCGACCGUUUUCCUUCCAAUGUGGAAGGCGCUGUCCGUCUCCUGUUUGUUUCAAGAAAAAUGGUGAAGUUUUUUGCACUCUCCGUUGUUUGUGGAACUUUAGAAUGUAA